UCAAAGGUCAUAUCGCUCGAGAGGAGGCACGGAUCCAAGAAAAUCGACCGAAACCAACAAAAACUCAAUUAAAACAUGUCACACACUAUCCUGCUGGUGCAGCCCACCAAGAGGCCAGAGGGAAGGACAUACGCUGAUUAUGAAUCUGUCAACGAGUGUAUGGAAGGUGUGUGUAAGAUGUACGAGGAGCAUUUAAAGAGGAUGAACCCCAACAGCCCAUCGAUAACAUACGACAUCAGCCAGCUGUUUGACUUCAUCGAUGACCUGGCUGACCUCAGCUGUUUGGUGUAUCGCGCCGACACACAGACGUACCAGCCGUACAACAAGGACUGGAUCAAAGAGAAGAUCUACGUGCUGCUCCGCCGUCAGGCCCAGCAGGCAGCGAAGUGAGAGGCCUCUGAGGAGGUGGAGGGUCGGGUGGGGAUGGUGGUGGAGGUAUGGAGGGGGAUCAAUAUCAUUUUUUCUUAUCAGUAACUUGUGUUCAGACCACUUUAAAUUGUUUUGAGAAGUUUUUGGCAAAGUUUUUAAAGUUUUUUUUUUUUCUCAUGGGGGAGGAGUGUUUUGUAUUGUAAUGUUUGACUUAUUAAUAAAGAUUUCCUUUCAAAACAAGA